AACACCCUUGCUGCAGAGAAAUUGUACUCCCUGGCGGGGGACUGGGCGAGCUUGGGUCCUGAUACCUUGCUUUUCGACGUUUGUUGUGGAACUGGAACAAUUGGUCUGACUCUGGCUAAUCGAGUUGGUAUGGUUGUUGGCAUUGAAAUGAAUGCCUCUGCGGUCUCUGAUGCUCAAAGAAAUGCAGAAAUCAAUGGGAUAAAAAACUGUAGAUUUUUUUGUGGAAAGGCCGAGAAUGUCAUGGGAUCUGUACUGAGAGAGUACCUUACUUCACCUCCAAAAGUAGAUGGAAUUCCAGAUAUACAAGAAAAUACAACUUCCACAGAGAAGACUGAUUCUAUAGUUAAUGCAUCGGAAACAGAUGAGGGAUCAGGUAUUGGGUCUGCAGCUGCACCUAUUGGGAAUACUGAUUCUACGGAUAACACAAUGGAACCUGAGGGAAAAGCAGGCCUUGAGCGUACCAAUGGUACAAGCUUGUCAGAAUCUUCAGCAGAUGGCAUUACAGAAUCAGAAUCCCAACUUGGGAAGAGUUCAUCAGAUAAUUUGACCACUUCAGUGCGACAUUUCAAGAAUGUUGUUGCAAUUGUGGAUCCUCCACGUGUUGGACUGCAUCCCACUGUUAUCAAACUUUUGAGGACUAAUUCACGUCUAAGGAGGCUCGUUUACAUUUCCUGUAACCCUGAGAGCUUGGUCGCAAAUGCUAUUGAGCUAUGCACACCUUCUCCAGAUGAAACUGAGAAGGGUAAUAACAAAAACAACAGAUGGAGAAAUAUGAGCAGUGCUAGUCUUGCACGACAUAGGACCAAAUCUAUGCCCAGUUCAGAGCCUUUUCAACCUGUCAAAGCAAUGGCGGUUGAUCUCUUUCCUCAUACUCCUCAUUGUGAACUGGUGAUGCUUCUGGAGAGGUAAAUUUAUCUAUUGCCUUAAAAAAUAAUCUUAAGUUGCCAAGUUUAUGAAAGGAGAUAGAAAUGCUCCCUUAGAUUUGUUUUCUCGAUGUGGAAAACAAUGAGCGAGCUUUCGGCAAACAAAUACUACAUAUCGUUUAUUAAUCUUCUAUUCUUGAGGUUUCCAUAAUAUUGUGUUGUAAUUGGCUCCUUAUUGCUGCCAUUUCCUCUUCAAGAAGAAUACCUCAAAUGUAAUUGAUACGACCUCACAUAAUUUGUGAUGCUAUAAGGAUUUCCAAGUGAUGCUCCGUAGUUUUGUCCCAAAUGAAGUUUGAUGUGUUGAAUAAAUUAUGUUCAUGGUCUUUCCAUUGCAAAAUUCAGAUCUAUAUUUAGUAGAUACAGAAUCCUGUAUUGUUCAUAUUUGUGGUUAUGUUGUCGCUGGUUGAAGGAAGUCAAUAUAUUGAGUCAAACUAAAAAGAAA